AUGAUGCGACGCGCAACUUGGCCAUGGAUCGAGAGAAAGACAGCGAAAGCGGAGUUGUUUGCGCCACUGGCCACGUCGAUCGAUUUUCCCUCCCUCGUAAUCCUCUUAAUUACCGUCAUCACGUCGGUCACAGGUUUUCGUCCUUCCGCGCCGCUGCUGUUUUUGGUGCCGUGCCAAAGCUUGGGCACCGGUCAGAAAGCGACAGUAGCACAGCACAGCGUACUUGAACGCGUCGCGAAUACGGUAAGUGGAGAAAAAAACGAGCGGGCAACGCAAAGCCCCGCUCCGCUUAUAUGA